AUGGGUUCUUGGGUGAAGAAGAAAGUUCUGGGGAAGGGCACGUUCGGGACGGUGAGCUACUCGGUUCCUCGCUAUCCCAGAGACCCACUGAACGUUCCCGCCGUUGCCGUCAAGUCCGCCGAUUACAAGAAGUCGUCGUCGCUUCAGAAGGAGGCCCACAUUCUUCACAAGCUGCGUCAUUGCCCCGGAAUUCUUCGUUGUUUCGGGGAAGACGUCAGCUUUGAGGAUGGCAUAAAGAUUUACAACAUGUUACUAGAGUUUGCUUCCGGCGGCUCCCUCAAGCAUCUGAUCCGAAAACAUGGAGGAGCCUUGCCGGAACGUGACGUCCGGGAAUACACUCGCAUGAUUCUCGAAGCUCUAAGCUACGUGCAUGGAAGAGGGUACGUGCAUUGCGAUAUUAAGCCAGGCAAUAUUCUUGUCUUCCCCUCCCCAGACGGUGGAAACAACUUAAAGAUAGCAGAUUUUGGAGCCGCGAAGAAAAGAUUCAGCAAGCUGAAGAAAGGAUGCCCCGUAACACUUAGUUACAGGCCGCCGGAAUCAGUUUCGUAUAAUUUAAACGAAGCACCGAUGGAUAUCUGGUCUCUGGGAUGCACGGUGAUUGAGAUGAUUACGGGGAAGCAAGCAUGGGCGGGGAAGAAAUUCAAGGACGUGCAUGAGCUGCGACGCGAGAUUGCGCUCGGGGAAGGACUGCCGGGAAUUCCCCAGAAUUUGUCUGAUGAAGGAAAGGAUUUCUUGGGAAGGUGUUUGGUUCGGGACUGGAGGUUCAGGUGGACGGCCGAGAUGCUUUUGCACCAUCCUUUUGUUGCGCAAGAGCAUGCACGGUUCCAUAGUAUCACAGCCAGCAGAGCAGUGGGUUUUGCAAGCAAUAAAUGUAGUUCCAGCUAUGAUAAGUGGAUUUCUGAGGAGCCUGCGGUUAAAGAAGACUAUAAAUUAGCUACUAAUUGCGUAUCAUCACAAGCCAAAGCGCCUGAUCAGCCUGCUGCAAUUGAAGAGUACUAUCCAUUAGCAUAUGAUAAUCAAUCGGAUUGUCCUUGCUAUAAAUGCACUAAUUACGUAUUAUCAGAACCCAAAGCGUCUGAUCAGUCUGCUGCAGUUGAAGGGUACCAUCCAUUAGCAUAUGAUAAUCGGUUGGGUUGUCCAUGCUAUAAAUGCAAAUUCAUCUAUUAG